AUGGCAUCCAGCUCUGAUGAGGGUGAAAUCAUUGAGGAGGGACAUCGGGAUUUGAAGGCAACUUCACUUGCACGCCAUUCAGGAAACGGUAUUGACCGCCAAGACAGACCCCGAAGUAGACAAUCGUCUCCAGAUCACGAAGGUCCUUCCAGAUACAGCGGCUCCUCCCGCCGAAGCCGCUCGCCUCGCGGAUACAAACGCAUUCGCGAUGAUGGAGACCAGUACACCCGAGGACGUGACCGAGAAUCCAGGCAUGUCCGCGCUCGUUUCGAUGAUUCCAUUAGAGGUGAUUAUCGCAGAUCGCGCAUCUCUUACGAAGAUCUGGAUCGACCGAGCGCAACAUCAAGCCACCACUACGACCGGCGCUAUGAUGGUGAAAGGGACCGCGAAAGGGACCGCGACCGAGGUCGUGGUCGUGGCCAGUUUUCCGACAGAGCGGGCCGCUCUCGGAGUCGAUCGCCCCAUGCAUCACAACGAUUGGGUAGGUCGGAUAACAGAAGCUUUGCACAGGAGGGCCGGAACUACGAUCGUGACUCGACCGAGGCUUUGCACUAUGGUGAUGACCGGCGUUCUCGAGUGGACAGAGACCUGCCUCAACGGGCUGCAGUAAAGGAGCACCCACAUGCCUAUAAUAAUGUUGUUGAACAGCACACGAAGCCACCAAAGGGCAUUCUAAAACCCAGCAGCACGUUUGCCGAGCCUGAUGACUACGAAGAGCCGGAACCGAUGGACGAGGACGCUGAAAUCGAGCGUCGCCGGCGGCGUCGAGAGGAACUGUUGGCAAAAUCUAGCUCGGCCACUCCUCUUCUUCUACAUGCUGUCGGUGCAUCUGCAGACAAGAACGCUCGAGGAGCCUCCCCUGCAUCCACACAGCCGGACACGCCGCAAAUAUCAUCAUUUGAGGGCGAAACCCCUCGUACACCUCGAUCCGGUACGUGCCUAACUAGAAUGGAUUCGUGGCCGUCAAAGACUAACUCGUCAGACUUCGCAUCCCCUCGUUCGCCCGAACCGUCACCGGGUGGAAUCAACUUACUCAGUGACAAGGAACUCAUGAACACUCACAGCAAUGCGAAAGCGGAUGACCAGGAUGGACCUUCAGCAGCUGAUUACGACCCGACAGCCGAUAUGAAAGAAGAUGAGCGUCGAGACGAGCUCAGACAUGGUUACACAGUCCUACACGGUGAGAGCGUAGCUGAAACCAUUGAAACGAAAAAUGACAACGCCAAGGAUGACGCCGCCAGCGCAUUGGAAAAUGCCGAUGACGAUGACUUUGACAUGUUUGCUGACGACAUUGACGUUGACAACUAUGCCAGCAAGCAGACCAAAGCCGCUGCUGCCACGGCUGGUGCAGAUGGCCCAGCCCAAGCAUCGCAAGCCGACGACAAAGGUGGUAUUCUGGAAGGCGACGAUAAAGAUGGAUAUUACAAGAUAAGAAUCGGUGAGAUUCUUGAUGGUCGAUACCAAGUCCAGGCUACUCUCGGCAGAGGCAUGUUUUCUGGUGUUGUUCGUGCAGUUGACGUCACAACCAAACAGGUCGUCGCUAUCAAGAUGAUGAGAAAUAAUGACGCGCUACGGAAGGGCGGAUACACCGAGAUUGCCAUCUUACAGAAACUUAAUGAUGCAGACCCAGAGAACCGCAAACACAUUGUCAAGUUCGAGCGGCACUUUGACUACCGCGGGCACCUAUGUAUGGCAUUUGAGAACCUGAGUAUGAAUCUGCGUGAGGUUCUGCGCAAGUUUGGCAACAACGUUGGCAUCAACCUGGGAGCGACACGAACUUACGCCUAUCAAAUAUUCGUUGCUCUGGCCCACAUGCGAAAAUGCAGCAUCAUCCAUGCCGAUCUCAAACCAGACAACAUUCUUGUCAACGAACAGCGUAAUGUCCUCAAAAUCUGUGACUUGGGCACUGCAAUUGAUAGGUCUGAUGCCGCAACGGUACACAAUCAACUUACGCCGUACCUGGUCAGUCGGUUUUAUCGGGCGCCAGAGAUUAUCCUAGGCAUGCCUUACGAUUACGGAGUUGACAUGUGGUCCAUCGGAUGUACUCUGUAUGAGCUGUAUACGGGCAAAAUUUUAUUCACGGGCGACAGCAAUAAUCAGAUGCUCAAGGCAAUCAUGGAGAUACGCGGCCGCUUCACACCAAAGCUGUUUCGUCGGGGGCAGCUUGCGGCGGCACAUUUCGAUGAACAGGGUCAGUUUGUGAGUGUUGAGCGUGACAAGGUCUUGGGAAAGAACAUUGGCCGUGGUGAAGCCAACGCGAGAUUUGCGAACCCGGUUAAACGCUGCAUCGACAGGGAUGAACGACGCCGAAGCCAGGCAUCUCAAUCACUUCAUCGACCUAUUGGAGCAAUGCCUCGCGCUGAACCCGGACAAGAGGUUAACUCCAAGUGA